AAAAAAAAAAUCCCACCGUUUAAAUUAUUGGUGCCUUCUUUGGACUUUGUCCGGAGGUGCCGAAUGAGCGGCGGUGAAACGGCAGGCCGGUAAACAGCGGCCCGUCCUGGCCGCGGGCUCGCCCAGGAGGCGUCAUGGCGGCGGGGGGCCUGGCGGGGCUCCUGCCCGCCCAGACCCAGCUGGAGUACGCCCUGCUCGACGCCGAUACUCUCCAGGAGAAGGAGAACUUGGUCUACCAGUAUCUGAAGAAGAUGGACAGCCGGGAGCGGGACCUAACGGUGCCCGAGCUCGGCGGAGAUCUACAAUGGUUAAACACGGAAGGUCCUAUUUCUCUUCACAAAGACCUUUGUGGAAAAGUUGUGGUGUUGGAUUUCUUUACUUACUGCUGCAUCAAUUGCUUGCACCUGCUGCCUGAUCUCCACGCGUUAGAGCACCAGUACUCUGAUAAAGAUGGUCUUAUUAUUGUUGGUGUCCAUUCAGCAAAAUUCCCAAAUGAAAAAGUUCUGGAUAACAUUAAAAGUGCCAUUCUGAGGUACAAUAUCGUCCACCCUGUAGUAAAUGAUGCAGAUGCAACACUGUGGCAUGAACUAGAAGUGUCCUGCUGGCCAACUCUGGUCAUUCUCGGGCCUCGUGGAAAUAUGCUGUUUUCGCUUGUUGGAGAGGGACACAGAGAGAAGUUGUUUUUAUUUACUUCUAUAACACUGAAAUUCUACAAGGAGAGAGGACAAAUCAAAGAUAACAACAUUGGAAUAAAGCUAUACAGAGACUCCCUCCCACCUUCUCCCCUGCUGUUUCCUGGCAAAGUGACCAUAGAUAAUUCAGGAGAAAGGCUGGUAAUAGCAGACACUGGACAUCACAGGAUUUUGGUUACUCAAAAAAAUGGACAAAUUCUACACACUAUUGGAGGUCCAAACAGUGGAAGGAGAGAUGGAAGAUUUUCAGAGGCAGCUUUCAACUCACCACAAGGGAUCACUAUAAAAAAUAAUGUUAUUUAUGUAGCUGAUACAGAAAAUCACCUAAUUAGAAAGAUUGACCUGGAAUUAGAGAUGGUGACCACUGUAGCAGGCAUUGGGAUACAAGGUGUUGAUAAGGAAGGUGGAGCAAUAGGAGAAGAACAGCCUAUCAGCUCUCCGUGGGAUGUGGUCUUCGGAAAUUCAAUUUCAGGCGCCCAGGAAGAUGAUGUUUUAUGGAUAGCAAUGGCAGGCACUCAUCAGGUAUGGGCACUGAUGUUGGAAGGUGGAAAACUACCAAAGGGAAGUGAUUUAAAGAAAGGAGCCUGCCUUCGAUUUGCUGGGAGUGGAAAUGAAGAGAACAGAAACAACGCAUACCCGCAUAAGGCAGGCUUUGCACAGCCUUCCGGUCUCUCUCUGGCUUCCGAGGAACCAUGGAACUGCCUUUUUGUAGCGGAUAGCGAGAGCAGCACUGUGCGAACCAUCUCUCUGAAAGACGGAGCAGUGAAGCACCUUGUAGGAGGAGAGAGAGAUCCAUUGAAUUUGUUUGCCUUUGGUGAUGUGGAUGGAGCAGGCAUAAAUGCAAAGCUACAGCAUCCCUUAGGAGUAACAUGGGACAAGAAAAGAAAACUGCUUUAUGUGGCAGAUUCCUAUAAUCAUAAGAUUAAGGUUGUAGAUCCCAAGAUGAAGAACUGUGCUACCCUGGCAGGCACAGGAGAAGCAAGCAAUGUUAUUGGUUCCAGCUUUACACAAUCAACUUUUAAUGAACCGGGAGGUUUGUGUGUUGAAGAAAAUGGCCGCUUGAUGUAUGUUGCAGACACAAAUAAUCAUCAGAUUAAAGUGCUGGAUUUGGAAACAAAAAUUCUUUCCAUGUUGCCUGUCCUGAAUCCAGAAGCACGCGAUGUUCCAGAUAACCUGCCUGUGCAAAAGGAUAAAAUACCAAACCUUCCAAAACUGCCUAAAUCUGCACCAAAUGUUCAACUUCCUUCACUAACUGUAGCUCCUGGCCAGACAAUUCAGUUUUUAUUAAAGUUGACUCUUCCUCCAGAUUCAAAACUGAAUGAAGAAGCACCCAAUUCCUGGUUUAUCACAGCAGAAGAUAAUACCUGGUUGCUUCAAGGACAGUGUCUGUCUGGAGAAAUAAAGGAUGUUUCCUGUCAAACUAUCAUUCCCUUUCAGUUACCCAGGAGCUGUCUGUCAGCUGAAGCCAUCCUGGCUAUCAAAGCAUGCCUCUACUAUUGCAGCAGAGGUAGCAGUGCCUGUAUGAUGAAAGGAGUCUCAUUCAGUCAGCCUUUACAAAUAGCUAAUACAAACCAAGGCAGCUUGACUCAAGUUGAACUGAUACAUGCAUUUUUAACCAACUAACCCAAAGCCAGCUAAUUUCAUGCUUUAUUUUACUAUCCACCAUUUCUGUAGGAGAAAAUACGAAUAAAUAACUUUUCUCUGUUUUUCAUUUUCCUGGAGCUUAUGACAAAGCUAAGAAAUAAUAUACUUGGUAAAAUGAAGUAGAGUUCCCUACAGCUUAACGUGAAAAUUUAUCGUCACAACCUCAUUUCUUUUCAUUACAGUAGCAGCAAUAAUAUUGUAAUACUCUAGGCUCUGUUGCCAAUUGUGGCUAUAUUGGAUGUAUGCCAUUCUAAGCAACGAGCAACAAUUUUUAGAGUCCUUUUGAAAGAGCUGGUGUUACUUUGUGAUGUCACUGUAAGAAGUUCUUUGCACUGUACAUACUGUUAGAAGAGCUAGAUCAUUUUGGACUAACAAUUACAAAUUCCUUUUGUGCCCUUAUUAAAUUUUAAUAGAAUGUCAAAACGAAUAGUUUCUUCUCCCGGCUGUAAAAGAAGUAUCUUGCUUAUUUUUCUGUAAUGGCAUUUAUGGCACAUGUAUUUUGAAAAUACAUUUUAAACUAGGUGCACCUCUAAUUUUAUGCAAACUGAGUAUUUUGCUUAACUAGAUAUGACCGCCUUAUAUGACGAGCAUAGUUUCAUGGAAGAAUUUCUGUGAAAAGAAGUGUUCAAGUUCCUACAGAAGAAUUUCCUGCUGAUUUCUAACAAAGAAUGUGCCCCUCUCUAAUGUGUAUAUAUAUAAAGAAAAAAACCACAAAACCAUGUUGGAGUUUUUCUGAUACAUACCAAUUUACAUUUUAUAGUAAGUGGUAGAUAAUGGUUGAAUAUCUAAACUGCAAAAAUUAAGUGUCAGUGAUGUCAAGCAGGGUGAAUCACUUUCCUACUUUUAUGAUUUCUCUGUAAAGACUUGUCUGAAGACUUCUGUCUUGCAAAUACAUAAUAUUAAGAAGAAUAUUAUACUCUUCAAGUCUGAUUCAGAGUCUUUUGAAGUCACUGUUAGCCCCCGAUUUGUAAUAGUGGCCACUGAACCUAAACUGUAUAUUUAAUAAUGGAUUAUUUGGUAACCUAAUCUUUGGGUAAGGUGCUUUAAAACUAUUACAAAACUCUGCCUUUGGUUGUUAAGAGUUUCGCAAGUAAAAUUCCUUCAAUUUGCCAUAGUAAGUAGCAGGAAUACAGGAGGGGGUGCAAGUUUUUUAUUUGAACUGGGAGGGUUUCCACAGUGCUUAAGUGAUAACUGGAUUGGGCUCUGUGCUCUGGUCAUGAGGAUCAGUUCUGAGAAGAUGAUUUUGAUUUAAGUUUGAAGUUAAUAUUUUUACAUAUAUUAUAAAGUACAGUAGUGAAAGAAUUUUUAUAUAGUCUUUUCUAAAACAAUCACCAUUGUUCCUGACACCUGUAAGUAAAUCCCCAGUAUGAUUUGUUGUUGCUCUUUCUUACUUAUAGGCUGACCGAAAUGUUGGUCAUGAACCCAAGAGGCUUUUGUUUUAAGGGAACCAUAUGGACUGGCGUGGUUUUUCCUUCCAUUGAAAUGCCAGUCUCUCUGCAAGUUCUCUGUACUACCAGAAAUGGUUAUUAUCUCACCUGUCAGCAAGGCAAGGGCUGAACUAUUAUUUUUCUUGUGUUUGUUUUUUUAAGCAACUUUUCUAAUUCAGUGUUUCAGCUCCUUUGGGUAAGCCUCUCAAUUCUCACAUGCCAUUUAGAAGAAGGAGAAAGCUUUGCUACUUUGUUCACAGAUUGCAAAUGCUAUUGGAAGGAUGAAGGUAAAGAAACUGAUUUGGGCAUUUAUCAUUUUUUACACUUUAGUACAAUACACUCUUUCAGAAUUGUUUGUUUGUUUGUUUAACUUUGGAUAGUAGCCAGGAAACUGUAGAUCAGCUUCCAGCCAGCCCACAAAUUUUCUGUUGCUUACUGUAAAAAACAAGCAUUAGUUUCAGAAGUUCAGAAUAACAAACCAAACUGUUACAGUUAUCUUGACCGUACAAUUCAGCAGAUGGAUUUUUUUCUCUCAUUUUCAACUAGAAUGACAUUAUAUUUGUCUAUUUCAAUUGGAUGACAUCAUCAAAUUCUGCCUGUAUUCCAGUAUUCAAAAAAAAAAAAGGUCAACAAAUCUGACACUUUUUAAUUAAUGUAUUGCUGUAGGGGAAAGACUGUGUUUCCUAACUUUAACUAUUGCGUGUAAUGUUUAAAUAUAGUAUUGUAGAUAUGUUUUCUAUCUAAAUGUACAUGUAUAAAUGUGUGUUUAAGUGUCAUAUCCUUUUUGUUUUCAAGUUGCGACUUUUAGUCACUGCAUGUAGACACACUCAGAACCACUAUAAGCUUAUUGGGAAGGGGUGAUAGUAGGUAGUAGGAAAACUGUUGCAUAAGCAUCAAGCUGAAGUCCAGGAUCAAACUGUAAAGGACCUUUAAAUAUUUAGUUGUAACCAAAUUUUAAACAAUUGUAAUUCAAGGAAAACAGUUUCAAAUUUACUAGUGGAGAGCAGGAAUAUAUCUGUUUGAACCAGUUUUUUCUUUAUCUUUUCUUUUAAGUCCAUGUCUUGCGGCAGAUGACUGAAUCAUAUAAACUAGGGGAGUGGGGGGUGGUAUACUAUAUCUGUGCUACUAUUACUCUUUCUACAAAGCCUCAGAGCAUUCCUUGCUACUGCACUGUAAUGGCUUUAUGCUAAAGGAGAGGCAGAAGGUAAAAGACACAACUCACUAUUUACAAAGAAAAGCUGUAUAUCCCAAAAUGCUUUCUCCUUGCAUCCGGCAAGUCCUAAACCCUUUUAGGCAAUAACCCCUUUAGUUUGCAAGGGUGAGCUGCUUUUCCUGACUCAUCUUAGUGGGUUUCACACAGGGACACUGCGCUAAUCGUUCUCCU